AUGGCUGUUAUUGAAAUACCAGGCUACUACUACGAUGAGAUAAAGAAAAAGUACUUUAAGAUAACUAAUGGUGGAGUAAAUUCUCAAUACCAUAAUAAUACAAUACAAGCUAAAAAAAGAAGAAUUGAACAUGAUAAGGAAACAAAAAGUCUAAAAUCCAAUUUCGGAACCACUAAAGACGUAAGAAUAGUGAAAGAAAUAAACAAAAGGAAAUAUAAUACCAAUCCUUAUAAUUUGCAAACACUCAGGUUAGAUUUUUGUAAGUUAGACAAACUGAAGUACGAUUUCGAAAUAAUGAGAGGGUGGUGCUAUUGGAAAACAUUAAAACAUGAAGACAAUAGAAUAUGGGGUAUAUUUAGAGACAAAUUCUUUAUAAGUACCACUAAAUAUGUGAUGGAUAUAUCUGAAGUUGAUGAAAAAGGAAAUGUUUCAACAUAUGCUAGAUGCAUCGAACUGAAGUUAGCGAAUUAUCACCAGCAAUUAACGAACGAGGGCUUUCUGAUAUUCGAACCAGAUAUCGAAUUAUUAGUUACUGAUGGGAAUUUUGUAUUUAAGUACAUCACAAUUAUUGCAUGCGACACAGAUAUGUUCGCGGGAUUUUUUAAAUUUGAAGAAUAUGAUUCAAAGAAAAGGACGAAAGACCUCAGCCUAAAAUUUAUAGAGUUUGUUCGAAACAUUGAUGACAAAAAUGUAAAAAGUGAGUUGAUGCUGAUGCUUGGCAUCAAGUUAAUGAAAUUUUCAUCUGGAGAUUACCAGUAUACUGGUGUUGGAUUCAAAAAUUAUUGCAGAAUUACAAGCGCAUUAAUACAGGAUAACCAAUUGAUACUUGGAACUAAUCGUGGGCACGGUUAUUUAUUUGAAUUUAGUGAUAUUGGUAAAUUUCAUAAAUGUAAAAGGUUUACAGUCCGAAAAGGUGCGUAUCGGAUAAAAAAGAUCAUGAAAAAAGAUAGUAAUACAUUCAUAAGUGGAUCGACAAAACAACUAUUUAUUUUAGAUAGCAAUUUGCAUACCUAUAUGGUUAUAACUCAUGACGAAAUCGUGAACGAUUUUCACGUUCGAGCCAAUGAUGAUAUUAUAAUCGUAGGAUUGAAAUCAAUUAAAGUCUAUAAUUACAAAGAUCCUAAUUCACAACCCGUGACCAUUAACUAUUUUAAUGAUAAUAUAAUUCACCAGAUAUCGUCAUUUGAAGAAAAUUAUUUCAUGGUAAAUCAGUCUCACAAUGAGAUUUUAGUUGUGCAUUAUUCCGACUACAACUCUUUUUCAUUAAAUCUAGACAACAAGGGUAGAUAUUUGGUAGAUUUUACAAAACUCUCCACGAGCAUAUUUAUAUUGCAUUGGACUCGAGAUGGUAAAAACAUAUACGAGUUGUAUAAGAUUUGA